AUGGAGACUUUCGGUACCGAGAGUGGAUUAACUUGUGUUUUCUCUGGGAACGGUGUUACGCAGCAGUCCGGUGGUUUGUGGAGACCGUGGACUGGAGCAGAGGACAAAACGGGCGCACACAAGGCCCGCUCUGUCCACGGAGAUCUAUCUGCUGCGCAACACCCCAAAAUUCCUCAGGUCAUCCACCCAGUGAAGUUAUACUGGCCGAAAUCGAGAUGUUUCGAUUAUCUGUACCAGGACGCAGAGAUGCUCCUGCGCAACUACCCGGUCCAAGCGACCAUCUGUCCUUACGAGGACUCCAGCAGCGAUGAAGACAGCGAUGAUGAAGAGGAGGACACGGAAAAGGAGCUGAACUAAAUAGCUCUCUGGAGCCU